AAACAAUAAUUAUCAUAUUUGCAAAGAUCUUGUUGACAAGUAAAAAAUGAAACUGUGUUCACACCUGCUACAAAUUCAGCUAGAUAAAUACUGAUGAUUUUCUGAUGUUAUUAUGUUAUAAUCGUCACGUCCUUUCGACUGAACAAAAGCUGGAUGGAUUGACGUAUUUCAGAAUUCAACCCUAGUUAGAAGAAUGAAGACACACACGCUCUUUCUUGUGAUCUAUAUAUGCGUAAUGGCGCUUUGUCUGUCAAUGGCAAACACGUCAUUUCUAUCGAAAGGGAAACCUUAUGUGAAGAAUUGUGACAGCAACGCUGAGUGUCCAAAUAAGACAGCUUGUCUCCUCCCGGGAAAUACCAAUGCAAACCCCUCCGCACAGAAGAAGUGCUAUCAGUGCAAUUGCACUGAGCAGUCUCAGUGCUACUUUCGGCACUCUACGAUUCUCUGCGAUUGUGCAGGAAAUGGCUUUACAGGAGUCAAUUGUGAAUAUAAUAUUGACGACUGUUGUCCAAUGCAAUGUUUGAACGGUGCAACAUGUGUUGACGGAAUAAAUGAAUACUCAUGCAUAUGUGCUCCGGGAUAUAACGGCACAAAUUGUGAAAAUGAUAUAGAUGAAUGCAUGAAUGGUCCAUGUUUGAAUGGUGGAACAUGUAACGAUGGUGUAAACGAAUAUACAUGCAUUUGUGCCCCAGGAUUUACUGGAAACGAUUGUGAAACAAACAUAGAUGAUUGUUCCACUGGCCCAUGUUUAAAUGGUGCCACAUGUAAUGAUGGAAUAGAUGGAUAUACUUGUACAUGUGCUCCUGGGUAUACUGGUUACCACUGUGGCAUAGAUAUUGUUGAAUGCUACCCAAUGCCCUGUUUAAACGGCGCCACAUGCAAUGAUGGGAUAAAUACGUUCUCGUGCACGUGUGCUCCUGGUUACACAGGCACCGAUUGUGAGAUAGAUAUCAAUGAAUGCAGUCCAAAUCAGUGCGUUAAUGGCUUAUGCACUGAUGGAAUAGAUCAAUACACAUGCACAUGUGAUCCCGGAUACACUGGCAUUAAUUGCGAAACAGAAAUCAACGAAUGUAUGUCUCAACCGUGUUUAAAUUCUGGGACUUGUAAUGACCUUGUUAAUGGAUUCACGUGUACAUGCCCACAGGGAUAUACUGGUAUCGUGUGCGAAGUCGAUAUACUAAAUGACUGCAAUCCAUGCUUUAAUGACGGAACAGUUGACUAUAACUGCACAUGUGCCCCUGGAUACACUGGCUCCAAUUGUGAGGAGUUAGAUUGUGUUAAUCAACCUACCUCGUAUUUGUGUUGUAAUCCCGGAUAUGUUGAUGCAGAUUUUCCACUUCAGCCAUAUACAUGUAUAGUACAAGGAUGUCAAAGUGCAAGUCAAUGUACAUGUACACCAGGAUACACUGGACCUACUUGCGAAA